GUUUUCGGUCGUGAGCACGAAUCCCACAAGCCUCUAGCAUCCUUCGCAUGGGAAUUAAGCAGAGCUCCUGAUUGACUGUUUUAGAUUCGUAUACCUGAACGUUUGUAGCAUGAUCCAAAAUGCCGGAAUCGAUCUUCGAGAUCGUGUCAAAUAUUUACAUAGCCGCAUCCAUUCGACACCAACCCUGAGGUAAUAUCGAUCCUCAAGACGCACGACUUGGUCAUGGUGCCGUGGAUCGUGCCCUCGACUCGCAUCGUAGGCGCUCCUGACACAUCAAUCCUGGAUUCGCUAAUGCUAGAUCUUGAUCCUUUGACUCCUACGUGCAGCAGACGGGAUCAUGAAUUGAAUUUCCAGAAGCAACUUGACAGCAUUCAUAGAUGCGCAGAGGAUUAUGCGGAGUGUCUCAAUUCGGCGUAGCUAAAAGCAAUCGCGAGGCUGUACCCAACAGGUGUCGCCAAUCUUCGCACUUUUGGUCAGUCAUGACAAGUAGCAAGAUGGGCGGGCCUAAUAUUUGCAAAUAUGAAAUAGAAUGUUGAAUUUACACGUCAAGGGCGAAUCUUGUUAAAAUUAACGCCGAGA